UGUUCACUUCAGCCUUGAUCGAGCACGAAGAGGGAUCGUAGGAUCAAAAGAAGAAAAACACUGACACUAUCACCAUGGUGCGGAAUGACGAGGAAGCCGCUCAACGGGAAGAAGAUGAAGACGACUACGAGGACAGCUAUGCUGAAGAUUCUGAAGAGGAGGAUGAUGAGUAUGAUUACGAGUAUGAUGAGUCUGACGAUUACAGUGAUGAAGACGAAGAAGACCUGCGUUCGACCGGUGGUAGUCAGCAUCGCACCACCGUCGAUGGACAAGGAGAUGACGAGGUCCGAGACAAUGAAGCGAGAGGUUCCACCGAUCCCCUUGGAAGCAGAGGGGCCUCCACGACUUUUCGAGGACGACCAGAAGUGCCUGUGAUUCCUCUUGGUGGGCAACUUGGGCAACUACCGAGAGCUGUAUCUUGGCCAGGACCCAAAGGACCAGAAGAGGAUCCUCCGGUGGGUGAGACCUCUUCGAUCAAAUCUGUGUUGAGGAGGAGCUUGACAGAACCAGAUAAGAUGAACCGGAUCAACAAGUCUGUCUCGUUUUCGGAGGACCCCGAAGUCAAUGAGUUUUCUCCGCUCAGUGAUGCUUUGCACGCGGAUGUGGAUUCUCCCAGCGCUGACAGCUCUGACCACUCCCCUGCUCAACGAGCCAACCCAUACCGCAACAUGCCGGUCGAAGAGCUUUGCCUACUGAGCCAACAUCUUAAUGCAGAACUCAGUCUGCUCAGCCAGAUGGAUCCUGAGGCUCUUGCCCCUGCUGACGGUGCUGCAUUUUCGCCUUCAAGAAUUCCCAUCACACCGACAGAGAUGGAAAGUCCUCAAGAAGUGCGCGACGAAACAGAUGCCCCGACUUGCGGAGAAGAGUCUGAAAGAGUUGAGCCCACCCAGGAGUACGAGAACCAGAGGCUACCAGAGCUUCAUGAGUAUGUAGCUGGAAUGGCUGAGACUGGCACAGAUGUCAGCUGGGAAGGUGGGCAGGCAAAGUCAAAGGUUGUACACACAGUUGUGGCGUUGGGACCAGGCCCGUUGAACCAAGAAGCCGCAACAUCCUCAGCUAGCGGCUACGGUGGCCAUGCCUUUCCUCCAAGUCUUCCUGGCAAGGCCAUGCCAGCGAUGGCUCCUCUGGGUGAAGUCUCUCAAGCAAGUUAUGCUCUUGAGGAGGCAGCUGGUGCUGAUGGAGUUGGUUCGUUGCAGGAGUCUUCCACGUUUUCCACGGCAGCGGCAGAGUUGGGCGUACAGAGCCACCGUGCAGAGGAUGAAGAUGUUCCGCAGCCAGAGCAUGAGCCAGCUGAUGAAGCAAGCGUCCUAAAUGUCCUGGAGGUCAAGGAGGAUGAAAAGGAUGCGGAAAAGGAUGAGGAAAAGGACGAGGAUGAAGCACUCGCUGCGUCAUUAGUUGCUGGAGACUUUGAAGCAUCAGAUGCAGAGCAGCCAGAGGGGGAACCAGCUAGCUUGGAACAAGCCCCGGAACAAGCAGACCAACGCAGGGUCAACGGAGGAGUAGAUUAUUUUGAAAUUGGCAGCGAUAUGGAGAGAGAAAGCAGUGCGUCAAGUUAUUUGGAGUCGCCAAGACAUGGGAGGAUUGGGAGACCUUUACAGCCUCCUUCACCGAUCACUGAGCACUUCCUGAUUGGCAGCAAUUCAGAGGAUGGUGGUGAUCCAGAAAUAAGCAUGGAGGGGUCUGGCUCUGAGGCGGAUGGCGAGGAUCCCUUUGAGGCCUUGGGCCAUGUACCGCCUGAAUCGGAAUCCGAUCUCGGAGAAGCUUCUGCAGGAAUUGCAGGUUUCGCAUCAUCGCUGGGAGCCUUUGAUAUGGAGGCUGCCUGGCGAGCUGAUUGUGCGCUGCAUGGCGCACCUGGUCAGCACAGUGACUCAGAUAUGCAAACUGAUGACAGCCCUGCGGUCCAACAACCAACUCUGGAAGAGGCUGUGAAGAAGAUAAGCAGCAAAGAACAGAUGGCAGCAAAGAUGGAGGAGAGGCGGCGGAAGCUUGAAGGUCUGCCUCCACAAGAACCUCCGGAGGUUUUGGAGGGUGCGGCACAAGAAGGCGAAGCGAGCACAUUUGUGACAAUUGAGGAAUGUCACUCCGGGCAAAGGACAGACUUUCGACGAGCCAGCUCAAGUGGACACGGUCGCGCACAAAAAACCUCCGCAACAAGGGCAAGUGCGAAAAAUGUCAGAGAAGAAACUCUGCAACUUGGCACUGGGGCAUCCAGCUCACAGAAGCCUUCAGAGGAUGACACUUACAAGCAGGCAAAGGUGCAACACGGCCCAGCUCAACCAGCUGCUGAGGUGGCAACUACCGUCAGGGAAGUCAAGCCUGGGCAAGCUGACACUGAAGCGAAAGCGUCAGCGAAGCCUUCAGAGGGUGACACUUGCAAGGAGGCAAAGGUGCAGCAUGGCCCAGCUCAACCAGCUGCCGUGGUGGCAACCACCGCCAGUAAGAAAAAGCAGCAGCCUGUGCAACCUGACACUGAAGCCACAGCUUCACAGAAACCUUCAGAGGGUGACACUUACAAGCAGGCAAAGGUGCAACAUGGCCCAGCUCAAUCAGCUGCUGAGGUGGCAACUACCGUCAGUGAGAAUGAGCAGCUUGUGAAACCUGACACUGAAGCCACAGCUUCACAGAAACCUUCAGAGGGUGUCACUUACAAGCAGGCAAAGGUGCAACAUGGCCAAGCUCAACCAGCUGCUGAGGUGGCAACCACCGUCAGUGAGAUCAAGCAGCCUUUGCAACGCGACACUGAAGCAACAACUUCAGAGAAGCCCUCAAAGGAUGGCACUGGCAAACAGGCAAAGGUGCAACAUGGCCAAGUUCAGUCAGCUGCUUCUGAGGCGGCAACUACGGUUAGUCAUGUCAAGCAGCCUGUGAAACCUGACACUGAAGCCACAGCUUCACAGAAGCCUUCAGAGGGUGACACUUACAAGCAGGCAAAGGUGCAACAUGGCCCAGCUCAACCAGCUGCUGAGGUGGCAACUACAGUCAGUGAGAUCAAGGAGCCUUUGCAACGCGACACUGAAGCGACAACUUCAGAGAAGCCCUCAAAGGAUGGCACUGGCAAGCAGGCAAAGGUGCAACAUGGCCAAGUUCAGUCAGCUGCUUCUGAGGCGGCAACUACGGUUAGUCAUGUCAAGCAGCCUGUGCAACCUGACACUGAAGCCACAGCUUCACAGAAACCUUCAGAGGGUGACACUUACAAGCAGGCAAAGGUGCAACAUGGCCCAGCUCAACCGGCUGCUGAGGUGGCAACCACUGUCAGUGAGAUCAAGCAGCCUGUGCCACCUGACACUGACGCGACAGCUUUACAGAAGCCCCCAGAGGGUGACACUUGCAAGCAGGCAAAGGUGCAACAUGGCUCAGCUCAACCAGCUGCUGAGGUGGCAACUACCGUCAGUGAGAAUGAGCAGCCUGUGAAACCUGACACUGAAGCCACAGCUUCACAGAAGCCUUCAGAGGGUGAUACUUGCAAGCAGGCAAAGGUGCAACAUGGCUCAGCCCAACCAGCUGCUCAGGUGGCAACCACCGUCAGUGAGAUCAAGCAGCCUUUGCAACGCGACACUGAAGCGACAACUUCAGAGAAGCCCUCAAAGGAUGGCACUGGCAAGCAGGCAAAGGUGCAACAUGGCCAAGCUGAACCAGCUGCUUCUGAGGCGGCAACUACGGUUAGUCAUGUCAAGCAGCCUGUGAAACCUGACACUGAAGCCACAGCUUCACAGAAGCCUUCAGAGAGUGACACUUACAAGCAGGCAAAGGUGCAACAUGGCCCAGCUCAACCAGCUGCUGAGGUGGCAACUACAGUCAGUGAGAUCAAGCAGCCUGUGCAACCUAACACUGAAGCCACAGCUUCACAGAAUCCUUCGGAGGGUGACACUUACAAGCAGGCAAAGGUGCAACAUGGCCAAGCUGAACCAGCUGCUUCUGAGGCGGCAACUACAGUCAGUGAGAUCAAGCAGCCUGUGCAACCUAACACUGAAGCCACAGCUUCACAGAAUCCUUCGGAGGGUGACACUUACAAGCAGGCAAAGGUGCAACAUGGUCCAGCUCAACCAGCUGCUGAGGUGGCAACUACAGUCAGUGAGAUCAAGCAGCCUGUGCAACCUAACACUGAAGCCACAGCUUCACAGAAUCCUUCGGAGGGUGACACUUACAAGCAGGCAAAGGUGCAACGUGGCCAAGCUGAACCAGCUGCUUCUGAGGCGGCAACUACGGUUAGUCAUGUCAAGCAGCCUGUGAAACCUGACACUGAAGCCACAGCUUCACAGAAACCUUCAGAGGGUGUCACUUACAAGCAGGCAAAGGUGCAACAUGGCCAAGCUCAACCAGCUUCUGAGGUGGCAACUACAGUCAGUGAGAUCAAGCAGCCUGUGCAACCCAACGCUGAAGCCACAGCUUCACACAAUCCUUCGGAGGGUGACACUUACAAGCAGGCAAAGGUGCAACAUGGCCAAGCUGAACCAGCUGCUUCUGAGGCGGCAACUACGGUUAGUCAUGUCAAGCAGCCUGUGAGACCUGAUGCUGAAUCGACAACUUCAGAGAAGUCCUCAAAGGAUGGCACUGGCAAACAGGCAAAGGUGCAACAUGGCCAAGCUAAACCAGCUGCUUCUGAGGCGGCAACUACGGUUAGUCAUGUCAAGCAGCCUGUGAAACCUGACACUGAAGCCACAGCAGAGGGUGACACUUACAAGCAGGCAAAGGUGCAACAUGGCCCAGCUCAACCAACUGCUGAGGUGGCAACUACAGUCAAUGAGAUCAAGCAGCCUUUGCAACGCGACACUGAAGCGACAACUUCAGAGAAGCCCGCAAAGGAUGGCACUGGCAAGCAGGCAAAGGUGCAACAUGGCCAAGCUGAACCAGCUGCUUCUGAGGCGGCAACUACGGUUAGUCAUGUCAAGCAGCCUGUGCAACCUGACACUGAAGCCACAGCUUCAGAGAAGCCUUCAAAGGAUGACACUUGCAAGCAGGCAAAGGUGCAACAUGGCUCAGCUCAAUCAGCUGCUGAGGCGGCAACUACAGUCAGUGAGAUCAAGCAGCCUGUGCAACCCAACACUGAAGCCACAGCUUCACAGAAUCCUUCGGAGGGUGACACUUACAAGCAGGCAAAGGUGCAACAUGGCCAAGCUGAACCAGCUGCUUCUGAGGCGGCAACUACGGUUAGUCAUGUCAAGCAGCCUGUGAAACCUGACACUGAAGCCACAGCUUCACAGAAGCCUUCAGAGGGUGACACUUACAAGCAGGCAAAGGUGCAACAUGGUCCAGCUCAACGAGCUUCUGAGGUGGCAACUACAGUCAGUGAGAUCAAGCAGCCUGUGCAACCCAACACUGAAGCCACAGCUUCACACAAUCCUUUGGAGGGUGACACUUACAAGCAGGCAAAGGUGCAACGUGGCCAAGCUGAACCAGCUGCUUCUGAGGCGGCAACUACGGUUAGUCAUGUCAAGCGGCCUGUGCGACCUGAUACUGAAGCAACAACUUCAGAGAAGCCCUUAAAGGAUGGCACUGGCAAGCAGGCAAAGGUGCAACAUGGCCAAGCUGAACCAGCUGCUUCUGAGGCGGCAACUACGGUUAGUCAUGUCAAGCAGCCUGUGAAACCUGACACUGAAGCCACAGCUUCACAGAAGCCUUCAGAGGGUGACACUUACAAGCAGGCAAAGGUGCAACAUGGCCAAGCUCAACGAGCUUCUGAGGCGGCAACUACAGUCAGUGAGAUCAAGCAGCCUGUGCAACCUAACACUGAAGCCACAGCUUCACAGAAUCCUUCGGAGGGUGACACUUACAAGCAGGCAAAGGUGCAACAUGGCCAAGCUGAACCAGCUGCUUCUGAGGCGGCAACUACGGUUAGUCAUGUCAAGCAGCCUGUGAAACCUGACACUGAAGCCACAGCUUCACAGAAGCCUUCAGAGGGUGACAUUUACAAGCAGGCAAAGGUGCAACAUGGUCCAGCUCAACCAGCUGCUUCUGAGGCGGCAACUAUGGUUAGUAGUGUCAAGCUUAUUGUUCAACGCGACACUGAAGCGACAGCUUUGCAGAAGCCUUCAGAGGGUGACACUUGCAAGCAGGCAACUGCUGAGGUGGCAACUAGCGUCAGUGAGAUUAAGCAGUCUGUGCGACAUGACACUGAGGCAAAGGUGCAACCUGGCUCGGCUCACCCAGCUUCUUCUGGUGCUUUCAGGGCGAUCAGUUCUGGAGCAACAGGGAUGGAGCGUGAUACCCGGCAACCAGCCAAUAUUAUGCAUGGACCUCAAAUGUUGCAGGAAAGUCCGAAGUUUGGAUGGGACAGCGCAGAUGCUCAGCCAAGAAUUGGUCGGACCGGAUCUUUGCCAGAAUCACAAGAGAGGCCAAGACUUGGCAUUCUCAAGAAGGCAAAGACGGAGAGCUUCGUGGAGAGGCCAAAGGCUUUGAGGUUUUCAACAGAAGUUGAAAUCAGGGACUUCACGCCGCGCAGUCCUUACACUCCAAGUCCACUCACACAGGCCGUCGUUGUGGGGACUCCAGUCGAUCCUGGUUCUAUCCCAUGGCUUCAGCAGUUCAGGCAGAUCUCACAGUCAUCUGCAGCGUCCAGUAAAGAUAUGCCCUUUGGAGACAUUCCAGCUCAACCUUCAACCCACGUGGCGCAAGCUGGCUUGCAAGGAUCUCAAAUGUCGCCCCAUGAUACUGCGGGAGAAUUGUUGCAACGGGGACGCUCAAGCAGUGUCUCCCUCUUGCCGGAUUUGUCCAGUCCUAUGCAUAGGUCUGAAGAGGUGAAAGGGCCAUCGAAUAGCGCAGAAGCAGCGCAUCCUCAAGUCUUGAAAGGGAAGGCACCUGCAUCGUCUGGAACUGGCAGAGACAUGCCAGUAGACUCCAGAGCCAUAGCAUUGUCCAGUCCUUUGCAUAGGUCUGACGAGGUGAAAGGGCCAUCGCAUAGCGCAGAAGCAGCGCAUCCUCAAGUCUUGAAAGGGAAGGCACCUGCAUCGUCUGGAACUGGCAGAGACAUGCCAGUAGACUCCAGAGCCAUAGCAUUGUCCAGUCCUUUGCAUAAGUCUGACGAGGUGAAAGGGCCAUCGCCAUCGCAUAGCGCAGAAGCAGCGCAUCCUCAAGUCUUGAAAGGGAAGGCACCUGCAUCGUCUGGAACUGGCAGAGACAUGCCAGUAGACUCCAGAGCCAUAGCAUUGUCCAGUCCUUUGCAUAGGUCUGACGAGGUGAAAGGGCCAUCGCAUAGCGCAGAAGCAGCGCAUCCUCAAGUCUUGAAAGGGAAGGCACCUGCAUCGUCUGGAACUGACAAAGAUAUGCCAAGAGACUCCAGAGCCAUAGCACCCCAGCCUUCAAAACCCUUGGCACAAGGUGCCAUGCAAGGAUCUCAGAUGUCAGCUUGGUCCGGUGACGGGGGUCCGCUGGAAAGGGGCCGCUCACACAGUCUCUCCCUCUUGGCUGACUUGUCCAGUCCUUGCGAUAGGUCCGAAGUGACGCAAGGGCCAUCGCAUAGCGCAGGAGCAGCGCAUCCUCAUGUCUUCAAAGGGAAGGCACCUGCAUCAUCUGGAACAUGUGCUGGUAAAGAUGUGCCAAGAGACUCCAGAGCCAUAGCACCCCCGCCUUCAAGACCCUUGGCAGAAGGUGCCAUGCAAGGAUCUCAGAUGUCAGCUUGGUCUGGUGAGGGGGGCCCCUCGGAAAGUGCACGCUCACACAGCAUCUCCCUCUUGCCUGACUUGCCCAGUUCUUGCGACAGUUCCGAAGUGAUGCACGGUCCAUCGCAUAGCGCAGAAGCAGCACAUUCCAAAAACUUCCAAGUGAAGGUGGCACACCAAGGAACCUCGCAUGAGAGACAGAAGGAAAGCCGGGGAUCACAAGCAUCCCACACAUCAGGUUUCCUGGCUUGGAAAGAGCCUAGCGAUCCAGGGCCUCCCUCAGCUGUCCAUCACGACUCCAGUGGCAAUAGAAGGAGGGUGAGGUUCCAGGAGCCCAUUGCCACAGUUGCUCAGUAUUUGUACGAGAUGACCCAACCAAAUGUGUCGGAGGGAGAAGAGGCGCACCAGUCAAGUCAGCCACAGCCUUUGCACGCAGAUGCAGCAGUGCUGAAGACAACAGUGAAUUGCACGAGUGAGCUCACACAAAUGUACACGAGACGAACUGGCUCGAAACGAGCAAGGAAGAACCAAGAAAAUCAUACGCAUCCCAGUUCGUCUACUCAUCACAACUCGAGCGGCCACGGCGGUGAUGAAGGGUUCAAGAAUCCCAUUGCAACAGUGGCCCAAUACUUGUAUCAGAUGACACGUCCACACGAGCCACAGCCAAUGCCACAAGAAACACAGCCAGACCAGAGUCAGCCACCGCCUCUGCAGACAACAGUAAACUGCUCCCAGGAGCUCACUGACAUGUACACCAGGCAUGGCUCGCAUCGGUCAAAGAAGAGCCGUAAGCACUCUGAGCGAACUGCUCGCAGCUCGUCCCACGGCAGUCUGGAGAACAUCCUGAAGAGCCAAAAGGAGCACAGCGAUGCACGCAAAGUGGCUUUUGAGAAAGAGCGGUGGGCGCACGAGUUUGAAAAGAGGGUGCUUGAGCGGGCGUACUUCCUGUACAUCAAUGGUGUGUCAGAAGAUGAAAUGUACAACUAUUUUGAAGCCCUGCGGAUAGAGUUCGGCCAAAGGCCUUAUUGAUGUCCGGCGCUUUUAAGCAUGAAUUCGCAUGGCACGAGCUACGAGCUUUGCCUGAUUUAAACCUUGGUGGUUUUACGAUUUAGUGAUGGAAGGCCCAGUCCUCUGCGGCCAAAACAUGUGCUGUGCAAACUUUGUGUCUACGACACCAGGUCUUGCAAAUGCAUGGGGUUCCUUUCUCGAACAGUUUGCACAACACAUAUGCCAAAGUGCGCACUCUUGGCGCGUUGCACCAGCAACUGCAGCGCUGCCUUAGUGAGUUUCUCCGCUUUCAAGUACAGUGUCCAUGGGGCUCGUUUUGAGCUACUCCAGCAACUCACAUCACUCCAAUACUUCUCCUGCAUUAAAAAUGCAGAACCUGGACCUGGAGACAACAGCAUG